AUGAAGUUUGCAAAGGAACUGGAAAGAGAGUUGGUGCCGGAAUGGAGGGUGAUGUACCUGGAUUAUAAGACCGGCAAGAAAAAAAUCAAGGCGAUCACGCGAGCACUCAAGACCGCAAGUCGAACACCGGGGAUCGCUCCUCGUUCGCAGUCCGCGCGAUAUCCUCCGACGCCCUCCCACACCCAUUCUGCUGGGCUCGGUGCAUUCGAUUAUCCUGAUUCAUCCAAUCGGCCCGCUCCUUCAACGGAGCAGCAGCCUUUACAGACACCGGGGUCUCGUCUCUCGGGCCCAGUCGGUAGUUACGGAAGCAUCGUUGCGUCCCCGCGGCAGCAUAUUGACAGCCCCGAUAUCAGAUCACUGAGACUGCCGGAGCCCGCAAUCGAUCCAAAUCAGCAUGACUCUUCAACAAGAGAAUUAAGUUCGCAGCGAGUGACAAAACCGCCGCCAGUCGCCAGUCAGCAACAUCCCUCGAGCCCACUGGAACCAGAACUGACAAAAUCCUCCACGGGCCGAGGCACUACUGCAACGCAACCUGGGACUACAGCAAAGGUGACACGACUCCCGUCUGGAACCUCUGUCGCAUCUGCGGCGAACCGUACGCCGCAGUUCAUUCGUCGUGUCUUCUCGUACGUGGAAGAUCCAUCGUCCGCCGAUCCUUAUCGGGAAGUCGAAAAACGCCAAAACGAAUUCUAUGCAUGGCUGGAUGACGAGCUGAAGAAGAUCGACCAAUUCUAUCGAAAGAAGGAAGAAGAAGCUCAGGAGCGCUACGAAGCUCUUCACCAGCAACUUCACGCGAUGUCUCAGAGCCGACAAGAGGAAAUGAAGGGUGUCAAAGCAGCUGUCCGUGGGAAGACGCGAGAUAUCAUACAUCGUCCGAAAGAUGUUGCCGCGUGGAAUGCAGCCCAUCUCAAGGAGACCCUGAAGCAAAAGUUUUCAGGGCAGUCGCUUCGCUUUGGCAAGAACUCUCAGUCCCUGGCGCGCAUGGAAACACCAGGGCUGCGCCCUCGAGAUCGUGAAUUCAUGUUUGAUCGGAGGGAAGAUUUGGAGUACAACGAUACGCCGAAGAAGGACCCAGGAUAUCGAACGGCUAAGCAUCAGCUGAAAAUCGCCAUGCAAGAACUGCUUUUCGCAAGAUCAAUAAGAAAUUCGAUAAAGCGGUCGACGCAGAAAAAGCCUCUCGAAUAUAUGACGGAGCGCGUCAACAAGUCCUACUUUGUGCGAAGUGGCGAGACCGCAGACAUCAUGCGUAAACUCGAAGACUGGUAUGGACGGUAUUUUGAAGCUGGGAACACCAAAAUCGCUGCGACGAAACUUCGCAGCACAACUCAAAAGUCUGGCGACUAUUCCCCUCACACCUUUCGCGCCGGCCUCUUUCUUAUGGCCGGGAUUCUCUUUGCUAUCCAGGCGCUCGUAUAUGCCGCGCGGAACUCGUCGCAAAAUGAUCCCACAUUGCACGUUAAUACAAGUUAUCUGCUGCAGCUAUACGGCGGAUACUUCAUGAUCUCGCUUCAUUUGUUCCUGUUCUGCUUGGCCUGUAUGGUUUGGAGCCAUUCGAGGGUUAAUUAUCGGUUCAUUUUCGAAUACAAUACUAGGCACACCCUGGAGUGGCGCCAAUUGCUGGAGGUCUCGGCCUUCUUUAUGUUCCUGUUGGGACUUUUCAUGUGGCUUAAUUUUUCAUGGGUCAACGAGAUGUACAUUUACUGGCCUGUGGUACUAAUUGGCUUGUCUGUGUUUAUUAUCUACCUGCCCGCACCCGUACUAUACCACCAGAGCCGCAGCUGGUGGGCUGCAACGAAUUGGCGUCUGUGGUUCUCGGGAGUUUACAAGACUGUCGAGUUUCGGGACUUUUUCCUCGGCGACAUGUAUUGCUCCCAGACGUAUGCUAUGGGGAACAUCGAACUCUUCUUUUGUCUGUACGCCACGUAUUGGGACACCCCUGCCACGUGUAAUUCCUCCCAUUCCCGAGUCAUGGGAGUCUUCACUUGUCUCCCAUCAUUCUGGCGUGCCUGUCAGUGUAUUCGCCGCUACACAAAUGACAAGAAACACAAGAAGCUCUCUUUCCCACAAGAUGCUUUCCCGCACCUGUUCAACUUGGCCAAAUACGUCUGCGGUAUUGCUUACUACUCGACACUCAGCAUGUGGCGGAUCAACCGAAGUACCCGAUUCCAAGCGCCUUUCCUGACGUUUGCCCUUCUCAACUCAAUCUAUACUUCCAUCUGGGACGUGCUCAUGGACUGGAGUCUGGGAGACCCGUAUGCGAAGCAUGUUCUCUUGCGGGACGAGCUUGCCUUCCGGUACGUCUGGAUUUACUACGGCGCGAUUGUCCUGGAUAUCGUUGUCCGAUUCAACUGGAUCUUUUACGCCAUCUUCUCCCACGAUAUCCAGCAUUCAGCCCUGCUCAGCUUCUUUGUCGCCCUGUCGGAAGUGCUUCGGCGUGGCGUGUGGUCUAUUCUCCGUGUCGAGAAUGAACAUUGUGCGAAUGUGACCAAGUUCCAUGCAUCUCGCGAGCCCAAACUUCCCUACAAGUUCGAAAUUCCUCAAAGAGCCCGUGAGAGCUCACGUGCCAGUGAUGUCCAGCUUCAGGAACAACCUGCCCCGACACUAAUUAUGCCAGUCAUCGAUGUUGAGACUGGGGUCGGAACUCCCGAAACUUCGACCAUCCGGCCCCGUAUCCCACCAGGUACUCGCUCGGGAAGUCUCCGACGGUUCAGUUUCCGCGCAGGAACUGCUCAUACACAAGACUUUGAGCGGCGACAGCUUCCCACCUUCUUAUCCGAGGCUGCCAACCCGCACAUGGGUCAGGACGCGGGCGCCGAAGACUCGGACGAUGAAGACGAUUAUACCGAGACCGAAGGUACGGGGACUCCUCCUCUGAAUGAAGAGGAUGAGACGAGAUCCUCAUCUGGAAGCGAGAGGCUUCCAAAAGAAGUGGAUACUUGA